AACUUGAAAGUUGAAAAUGGCGAUGAUUAAAAAUUUCCGGAUAUUUCACAAACUAGAACCGCCGUAUAGUGUUAUUAUUGAGAACAAAAAUUACGAAGAAUCAUUACUUCUGGAGUCCAAUGCUUUAGCAGUUUUGCAUUCAAGUGAGGCUGAGCUGGUUAAGAAGCAGUACACAAAAAUACUUGAUGCCUAUGGAUGUCUUGGGGUCCUGAAUUUUGCAAUUGGAGAAGAUAAUGUACUGUUCCUAGUACUCGUCACUGGUUGUUUGUCUGUGGGUAAAAUAUGCGAUUCUGAAAUAUUUCGGAUCACGUCGACCCACUUCCUGUCUCUGAGGAAUGGCCAAGGUGAUGAAGAGCGGAUCUCCGAGGUUAAGAAACUCCUGAAUUCGGGGACUUUCUACUUUGCUUGGUCUGCAGGAGGGACUACCUGGGACCUGACUCUGUGUGCACAGAGGAAAAUUCAGGAACAUGACACAGAUAAUAGAUUCUUCUGGAAUAGAAUGCUGCAUGUUCAUUUCCAGAGGUUUGCUAUUGACUGUGACAGAUGGUUGUUUAAGAUGAUUUGCGGAGGUGUGGAGAUCAGGACGAUAUACGCCGCUCACCGACAAGCGAAGGCCUGCCUGAUAUCGCGGCUAAGCUGUGAGAGAGCUGGCACCAGAUUUAAUGUCCGAGGGACAAACGACGAUGGUCAUGUGGCCAACUUUGUGGAGACAGAACAGGUGAUUUUCCUUGAUGAGAAAAUAUCCUCAUUUAUUCAGACCAGAGGCUCGGUUCCACUGUUUUGGGAACAGCCAGGAAUCCAAGUUGGGUCUCAUCGAGUGCGUAUGUCCCGAGGACAUGAAGCUUCAGCCCCUGCCUUUGACCGACAUCUUAACAUGAUAAAGGACUUGUACGGCGAUCAAGUACUGAUCAAUCUACUUGGGCAGAAGGAGGGAGAACACAUGCUUAGUCAGGCAUACCAGAAACACCAUAAAGCUUCCACGUUUCAUCAGAGAAUACCACUGAUUAACUUUGACUACCACUCGGAAUGUCGAGGCAGCACAAAGAACCUGGAUAAGCUAAAACACAAAGUUCUUAAACAACUGGUGGACUUUGGUUACUUCUACAGUGUAGAUAAUCAAGGGGAUAGAUUUCAGUCUGGUACCAUGAGAAGUAAUUGUUUAGACUGUUUGGACAGAACUAAUGCUGUACAGUCCAUGCUGGGGAUGGAGAUGUUACCUCGUCAGCUAGAGAGCUUAGGACUGGCCGAGAAACAACAAAUGGUUUCCAGAUUUGUAGACAUCUACCGUCAGAUAUGGAGGGCUAAUGGGGACCAUGUCAGCAGAAUAUAUGCUGGAACUGGAGCUCUAGGAGGGGGCAGAUCAAAGUAUUCUGAUGCUACUCGCUCAGCCUCACGUACCAUUCAGAACAACUUCCUUGACAACAGUAAACAGGAAGCUAUAGAUAUCCUGUUGCUAGGCAAUACCUUAAGAGGGGAGUUAGCAGACAAGGCUCGUGCACUGCUGACUACAAGAAUUUUACAUGCCCCACCAGCUAUUCUUGAGGCAAUGGUCCAGAAUCAUUCUGAGUACACAGAGGUAGAGAAUCUGAGGAUCUUUAUUGGGACCUGGAACGUAAACGGAGGGAAACACUUCCGGAGUAUCGCACACAAACAUGAAUCUAUAUCAGACUGGCUGUUAGAUGCUGCCUCCAUUACUAAAGAAAAGAAUCCAGAAAUGGUUGACAAAUCAGCAGAUUUGGAUAGACCUAUGGAUAUUUUUGCCAUUGGUUUUGAAGAGAUUGUUGAUCUUAAUGCCAGUAACAUCAUGAAAGCCAGUACAACGAAUGCCAGGGAAUGGCAGAAGGAGUUAUUGAAGAUUCUCUCCCGUGACCACAAGUAUGUGAUACUGACCAGCGUCCAGUUAGUGGGGGUCAUUCUGUAUGUGUUUAUACGGCCUCAUCUGGCACCAUUCAUUAGGGAUGUUGCGACAGACUCUGCCAAGACGGGACUAGGGGGUGCGGCUGGUAACAAAGGGGGCGUGGCUAUACGAUUUCUGUAUCAGAGCACGUCAAUGUGUUUUGUUUGUGCUCAUCUGUCGGCAGGACAGUCACAGGUCAACGAUCGCAACAGCGACUACCACGACAUUUCACGCAAAAUCUGCUUCCCAAUGAUUACACCAACCCUUAGGAAGGGGAGGACUAUAGGAUCCCAUGACUAUGUCUUCUGGUGUGGGGACUUUAAUUACCGUAUCGACCUCCCCCGUGAGGAGAUCUUGAGUCUGAUCGAGGACAAGAACUGGGGCGCUCUCAAGGCAUGUGACCAACUCAAAGUCCAGAAAGAGGCUGGCAAUGUUUUCAAGGGCUUUAGUGAGGGCCCUACAGACUUUGCCCCGACCUACAAGUAUGACCUGUUCUGUAAUGACUACGACUCAAGUGAGAAAUGUCGCUGUCCGGCCUGGACGGAUCGAGUCCUGAUGAGGAGGAGGCCCCUCAUUCACCAUCAGCCAAAGUUGUUACAGGAUGGACCAGCUUGGAAUCCUGGGAAAAUGAUUUUAUACAACAGAGUGGAACUAAAGACAUCAGAUCACAGACCAGUGCUGGCACUGUAUGAUAUUGACACGUUGAAAGUGGUGGAAAACAAAAAGGAGCAGAAGUUACAGGAAAUAGUCAGUCAGCAGGGUCCACCAGAUGGCACUGUCAUUGUUUCUGUGGAAACGGAGGAAAUGGAACAAGACUUAGUGGAGGCCAUCGUUCACUUCUUCUCUGAUGUAGGAGAAAUAGUCCUUGUCAGAUUUGUGGAGGCUGAUUUGUGGUUAAUCUUCAAGACAGGGCAGUUUGCAUUGAAGGCAUUGGACUAUGAUGGCACAGAGAUAAAUGGAACUACAGUAAGAACUCGCUUAAAGACACAGAACUGGCAGUCGCAGAUACAAGAGGAGCUGAAGAUCUGUAUAGUAAACACCACCCCACUCUACAACCAGUUCUCUAACAGCCUGCUGGGAGAGGACUUUAGUACACCAGCCCUCGAGUUUGAGUCAGAAGAAGAGGAUGAUGCAGAAAUACAGGAUUCUUUACUAGACACUCCUUUUGAACAACUGAGGUCAAGUUCUCCUACAGGAUCAGGUAGAUACAGUCCAUAUUCUGAUGAUGGAUUUUUAGAUCCUCCCUCUGGCCCCCCUCCAAGGCCCCAACAAGCAAACAGACCCCCAAUCCCUGCCACAGGACCCAACAGAGAGUCACCAGAACCAUAUACAGGUCAACCCAAACAAUCAGGACCAGAGCCUGGGUCUAGACCAGGGCCACCACAACGUCCCUCAGGACCGCCCGCCAAACCCCCGCCUCCACAGAGACCAAAAGCUCCACCCGUCAAACAGUCACUAACUGCUGCCAAAUCCUCAGAACCAGAUGUCAAAAAGCCACCUCCAGUUGUUAGAAAGCCUAUCAGCUCACACAGUAUAAAGAAAAUCAAGACAAAACAACAACCAACAAUGACCACACCAAUGCAGCCAAUGAAUAUUGGACUACCUACGAACGUGACUCACCACGGACAUGCUACCUCUAUAGAAGACGCCCAGUCUCUGAUCGAGAAACUGAUGGAAGGGGGAAGUAACUCCUUACCCCCAGCCCUGCUGCCACAAACAGAUAAUAAAAUGGUCAGAAGCCAGACAAGUGAGUCUGUCACAGCUAACAAUCCUUUACUAGAGGCACCAAGACCAGUACCUAGACACAAAAGUACAGAGAACAUUUCAUCCCUGUCAGAGCCCCCACAGCGGCCCCAGCGACCGAGAGACAGCCCCCCUGGUGUACAGCCCCACCCUGUUCCUGCUCCGAGGAGGGAGGUGCAGAGUAUGGCCAUCAAUCCGGGGGAUCAACCUAAACCCGCCAGGGGACCUCCCCCCGUUCCACCAACUCGACCUCAGAGCUGUAUGCCCUCGCCAGGGACUGUGCCAGAGGAUCAGAUGUAUGCAGUCGUAAAUAAAGCUCCAAAAUCUAAUCCUGAUAGCUCUAGUCAGAACAUACUUGAUGUCCCUUUGUCACCUGGUAGCAGUGACAUAGCACAAAAAGAUCCAUUUGACACAUCAAGUGUUCCUAGUCAGUUUCUAAAUCAGGCACCACAAACUGCUGGUAAACCUCCACCCAGAGUUAGUAGACCCCCACCCCCAGUACCUAUCCGACAAGUGUUCAAUGAUGAAGACGACACACCUAGUGCUUCCACAGACCUACAAAGCGACCCAACACAAUUGCACAAUAAUUCUGAAAAUCGGGCAGAUUCUCCACAAAUUCCUUCUUUUAGCCCUCCAGAGCUACCACCUGAGAACACUCAUGAACAAUUUACAUCUUCCAUGGACCCCCCUUCUGACUCAUUUAUAGGUGGACCCCCUUCUGAGUCCCCACCUCGUUUACCAUCUGAUGAACCCCCCUCAGAACCCCCACCCCCUCUUCCUACAAAAGGUCCCCCCUCAGGGCCCCCACCAUCUCUACCAUCUAAUGGUCCCCCAUCUGAGCCCCCACCCCCUCCACCAACAGAUGAAGAUGACCAGUUUGCAGAAUUCAGAGCCAAUUUUAAUCAUUUUCAAAAUUCAACACCACCCCCUGAAAACUUACCUUCAGGUCCCCCUCUCACUGCCCCUCCCCCUAUUCCCAAGGGACCCCCUUCCAAUGGACAAGCUCCUACAAGAGUUCUUCCCCCUGUUCCUACAAGGGGGCCUGCCGCAGGGCAUCCGCCUGUUCCAAAAAGACCAAUGAAUUUACCCCCAGUGCCACCAAGGUCUUAGAUUAAGCAAUAAUCAUGUAAUAAUUCUGCCUCUAAAUAACCUAGCUCUGAUUAAUAUCAGCAGUUGAGAGAAAUCAGUUUCUUGUUUUAAGUGUGUAGGCAUGUUAGUAAUGUAAUUAUAGACAUUGUUAAUGGUGUGUUUCUUGUUAUGUUUGUAAAAUUACAUUUUUAUUGUGGUAGAACCACACAUAGACUGUGAUAAUACUGGACUUGGGCAUGGUUUACGUCUUUAUGAGAUUGAUACCUCUUUUUGUUUGGAAGAACUCAAGUUAUUUGAUACCAUGUUAAUGUUUUUAAUGCGCAAUGCUUCCAUAUACAUAAAGUCUGAAUCUAUAGACUAGUCAUAUUUAUGAAAUAAAUUUUCAGGAUCUCAGAAAACUCUAUUAACUUUAUACAGGUAUCAAGGAGUAGCUGUAUUAGCUCAGUCAUGACACCACUACAUUUUUUCAUGCAUUUAUUAUUAACAUGCUCUGAGUUUUUGCUGAGAUGAAAUUCUAGUAAUCAUGAAAUCAUCCAUUCUAUUUAUAAAUGUCAUUCCAAAUCCUACAUUCCUCCUGUUUUUAUUAUUUACAUUGGUUUUGUCACAAGCAAAUGAAUUUUGACAAUUUUUAAAAACAAUGAAACAUGUCCCAUAUCAAAUUUUAUUUCCAGUUUUCAUUUUUUUCUUUUU